CGUAUAACCAUUGGCUUUGAAUAUAAAAAUAAUCAAAGCCAUUGGCUAAGUAUAGCUACAUAAUAUGAAUCUUUGCAUUUCCAUAUGAAUGGCGUGGUGCGACGACUUGACUAGAGCAUUUUUAUCAAAAUAAUAUAGUUGUCCUAUCAACAUAAAUAUCUUUUAUACUGUUUACAUACAUCAAAUAAACAUAUAUCUUCUUCAACGCCAGGAAACAAUAGUCAUGAAGAGGAUGAUCAUGUAUUGUCUGAUAUUACUUUCUACCCUCGUUUGGCUAUCACGAGGUCACUCAAGCAACCCAAUAGUAACUACGCCAUCUGGUGCCGUCAAAGGUUCGAUAAUGACCUCGGCGCAAGAGAAAACAAUAUUUGCCUUUAGAGGAAUUCGCUACGCUGAACCACCUAUAGGCGAGUGGCGUUUUAAGCCUCCGCGGCCUGUUAUUCCGUGGAAUCUUACGUAUGAUGCAACUAAAGAUGGAUAUGCCUGCCCUCAGCCAAGCAGUUGGCCAACAUAUGAAGAUUGCCUAUUCUUAAAUGUUUACACCACAAAGCUUCCAAGACAUGGCAGAAAUCCAAAGCGUCCUGUACUCGUUUAUUUUCACGCAGGCGGAUUUUAUAGUGUGGACGGAACAAGCAAAUUCGCAGGUCCUGAAUAUCUUUUAGAUCAAGAGCUAGUACUUGUUACGCUAAACUACAGGCUUGCAUCCUUAGGAUUUUUGAGUACCGGCGAUUCAUUGGCUCCAGGUAACAAUGGAUUAAAAGAUCAAGUCGCAGCCAUGAGAUGGAUUCAAGUAAACAUAGAAUCUUUCGGAGGUGAUCCCAACUCUGUGACAAUAAGCGGUUAUAGCGCAGGUGGAAUGAGUGUAACUUUACAUAUGGUUUCCCCUAUGUCAAAAGGGCUAUUCCAUAAAGCUAUAGCGAUGAGUGGGUCGGCACUGGCACAAUGGGCAAUACCGGACCAUCAAUUCCAUUUAGCCCAGAGACAAGCUCGGCUAGUAGGGUGUCCUGACGACACUUCCUUAAAAAUUAUUAAUUGCCUAAAGACAAAGACAGCAAAAGAGUUAGGAGAUUCUCUACCGGGAUUUUCAGAGUAUAGGUCAGACCCCAUCAUUAAAUGGAAACCUGUAAUCGAAAAAGAUUUCGGCCAAGAACGAUUUCUAGUAGAAGAUCCCGUUACUGCUGUACGUACAUAG